UUUCCGGCCGGCGCAGACCCUCUUCAGCGGUUGUGCUGCCCUUCACUUCCGCCGGGCGUUGCUGAGCGCGCUGCCCGCAAGUCGCGGGCCCGUGAGUUCAUAUUCUUUGGAUCUUCUCAGCUGAGUGAAAAUACAUCUUCCAGGUGGUGAUGCUUUACCGGUUGCUGUCUAUUGUCCAAAGACAAAGAACUAGCCCAGGAUGGCAGACCUGGUCAUCAGCAAGAAGCAGCUCAUCAACUACCGAGGCACAUUCUAUUGCUCUGCCUGCCCAGGCCCAGGUGGUCAUCUGUGGAGGUGGAAUCAUGGGUACAUCUGUGGCUUAUCACCUCUCCAAAAUGGGAUGGCAAGAUAUUGUCCUUUUGGAGCAGGGCAGGCUGGCUGCUGGCUCAACAAGGUUCUGUGCUGGCAUCCUAAGCACUGCUAGGCAUUCAAGCAUUGAACAAAAGAUGGCUGACUAUUCAAACAAACUCUACCAUCAGUUAGAACAAGAAACUGGGAUCCAAACAGGUUACUUAAGGACAGGCUCAAUGUCUCUGGCCCAAACUCAGGACCGGUUGAUCUCUCUGAAGCGUAUCAGCUCAAGGCUGAAUGUUGUAGGUAUCCCUUCUGAGAUCAUCUCCCCGAAGAAAGUGGCUGAACUUCACCCUCUCCUCAAUGUGCAUGAUUUGGUUGGGGCCAUGCAUGUUCCUGAGGAUGCAGUAGUGUCCUCUGCUGAUGUGGCUCUUGCCCUGGCAAGUGCUGCCUCCCAGAAUGGUGUUCAGAUUUAUGACCGGACAAGUGUUCUUCAUGUACUGAUCAAAAAAGGUCAAGUUACUGGUGUGGAGACAGAUAAAGGACAGAUUGAAUGCCAGUAUUUUGUGAACUGUGCUGGUCAGUGGGCAUAUGAGCUGGGACUGUCCAACGAGGAGCCGGUUAGUAUCCCGCUACAUGCCUGUGAACACUUCUACCUUCUGACCCGUCCCUGGGACACCCCUCUGCAGAGCAACUCACCAACCAUUGUGGAUGCUGAUGGAAGAAUUUACAUUAGGAACUGGCAGGGUGGCAUCUUGUCUGGAGGCUUUGAGAAGAACCCCAAACCUAUUUUCACUGAAGGCAAGAACCAGUUGGAAAUUCAGAACCUUCGUGAAGAUUGGGAUCACUUUGAGCCCCUGUUGAGUUCCCUCCUGCGUAGGAUGCCAGGAUUGGAGACUCUGGAGAUUUUGAAGUUGGUGAAUUGCCCUGAGACCUUCACACCAGACAUGAAGUGCAUCAUGGGCGAGUCUCCUGUAGUACAGGGCUACUUUGUCCUGGCAGGGAUGAACUCUGCUGGCCUGUCGUUGGGUGGAGGAGCUGGAAAGUUCCUAGCUGAGUGGAUGGUAUAUGGCUAUCCUUCUGAAAAUGUUUGGGAAUUGGACCUGCAGCGCUUUGGAGCCCUCCAGAGCAGCCGCACCUUUCUGCGCCACCGGGUCAUGGAAGUUAUGCCUCUGAUAUACGAUCUGAAGGUUCCCCGUUGGGAUUUUCAGACUGGAAGGCAGUUACGUACAUCUCCUCUUUAUGACCGGCUGGAUGCUCAAGGAGCCAGGUGGAUGGAGAAACAUGGAUUUGAGAGGCCAAAGUACUUUGUUCCACCCAACAAGGACCUUCUUGCAUUAGAACAGAGCAAGACUUUCUACAAGCCAGACUGGUUUGAGAUUGUAGAGUCUGAAGUCAAAUGCUGUAAGGAAGCUGUGUGUGUCAUUGACAUGUCCUCUUUCACAAAGUUUGAGAUCACUUCCACUGGGGAUCAGGCAUUAGAAAGUCUGCAGUACCUUUUCUCCAACGACCUAGAUGUGCCCGUAGGCCACAUUGUUCAUACUGGCAUGCUCAAUGAAUACGGAGGCUACGAAAACGACUGCAGCAUUGCACGCCUGACCAAACACAGUUUCUUCAUGAUUUCUCCAACCGAUCAGCAGGUCCACUGUUGGGCCUGGCUUAACAAGUACUUGCCGAAAGACAGCAACUUGUUGCUGGAGGAUGUCACCUGGAAAUACACAGCCCUCAAUCUGAUUGGCCCUCGAGCUGUGGAUGUGCUAUCUGAGUUGUCCUAUGCCCCUAUGACUCCAGACCACUUUCCAACUCUGUUUUGCAAGGAGAUGAGUGUGGGCUAUGCCAAUGGGAUCCGGGUGAUGAGUAUGACUCACACAGGAGAGCCAGGAUUCAUGCUGUAUAUCCCCAUAGAGUAUGCUCUGCAUGUCUACAAUGAGGUGAUGAGUGUUGGACAGAAAUAUGGAAUCCGGAAUGCUGGGUAUUACGCCCUCAGAAGUCUCCGAAUUGAGAAGUUUUUUGCUUUCUGGGGUCAGGACUUAAACACCCUCACCACGCCCCUGGAAUGUGGAGGAGAGUCUCGAGUGAAGUUAGAGAAGGGCAUAGACUUCAUCGGUCGGGAUGCCCUGCUCCAGCAAAAGCAGACCGGGGUAUACAAGCGCCUUGCUAUGUUCAUUCUGGAUGACCAUGACACAGACCUGGACUUGUGGCCUUGGUGGGGAGAACCCAUUUACCGGAACGGAAAGUAUGCUGGCAAGACCACCAGUAGUGCCUAUAGCUACACUCUUGAGCGCCAUGUAUGCCUGGGUUAUGUACACAAUUUUUCUGAGGACAGUGGGGAAGAGCAGGUGGUGACAGCGGAUUUCAUCAACCGAGGAGAAUAUGAAAUUGACAUUGCAGGACAUCGCUUUCAGGCCAAGGCCAAGCUCUACCCUGUCACCUCUUUCUUUACUCACAAGCGUAGAAAGGAUGAUGUGGAGCUGAGUGACUUUCAUGGGAAGUAAUGCAAGCCCUUCUCCCUUCCUCCCAUCCUCUCUCCACGAGGAGCGUCAUUCUGGGAGCUCAUUUCCCUCUGUCCGUCUCCUCAUUGAAGGUACCUUUGCCUCUCCUAGGUUUUCAAUUUGACCUAAACUUUUUUCCUUGAAAACCUCGUCUUCCCAUUUUCUCUCAUUUGCUGUUACCCCUCCUAGUAAUCCAGGCUCUUCUCACCCCUCCAGCAGGCUCACAUUCCCACAGUGGCAGGCAGAACCCACUUGUGGAGUUGUAUUCAGGUGACAGACUGAUUUUUAAAUUCAUUGUAAGGCAAGUUGGUAUUAUUUAAGCCUUAGGGUGAAAAUCCAUUUCCCUUCGGCUUGGACUCUUAGAGUAACCUGCUAAUUUUGGUACAUUACUUUGUGUCUGAUGCAGCCCUGGGAAUCACUUGUGUCUUAACCAGGCAGAUGAUUCUGUUCCACUGUGCUGAGGUUGCCACCUGAUACCUCUUAACCAUCUACCUCACCAAUGAGAGGGAUUGUAUGGAUACUGUCUGCUGUGUGGAAGGGAGAAAUAGUUAUCUGGCACCCUGUGUCCCCCAACUUUGUCCUUAGAUGUUUGUGCCAGGGUACCCUGCCUGCAGUUUUAUUUUCUGCUAUCUUAUGAUAUUGUUUUUUAGCUGAGUAAAAGGUAUGCCAGCAUUUGAAAGGAAAAACAACCCAUGCUGCCUUUUGUGUUGCUUUUCCCAGCAGGUGCAGUGUGAACUCUGAUGCUGAGUUCCUACUAUUAGAGAAGAGUGCUGCUUUUCUUUCAGCCAAUCAUAGGUCAGCAAGCGAUCCUUUCUUGAUUUCUUCAGAUGACUAGCCUCAUCUGUGCCCUGCAUAGCCUGCCCACAACCUCAACCUCCAUUCUUAGCCUUUUAGAAGAGGAAGAGGGGAUUAGGUGGGUUGUCUUGGGUGAUUAAGUAAACCAUGCUGUUCACACUGCAUCCCAGAGAGCUACCAGAGCCCCAAGCUUUACAUCCUUAGCAUGAACAAAGCCACAAACAGAUAACCAACUGAGUACUGAAAGUAUAGUACAGGCCAGAGACUGCUUCCCAUCUUUUCUUUCCAAGUUCCCCUCCCUUACACUCCCACCCCCAGCCAUCUUGAUAGAAUCUUUGGAAUGGGAAGUGAGUGGGGAACCUACCAAAUGCACCACACAUUUCAUGGUACUGCUGUUUCACACUGGAGCUCAGGCUAUCCUCAGAUUUUCAGUGAUGCUCUUGCUUUAGUCUGUUGAGCACUGGGAUUUCAGGUGCGGUGACAGUGUUUUCUGAAGCUGAAACUUGGAUGUCCUGGCUGCUGUAUAUAACAUCAACACUGAAUUUGUUUGCUCUCAUAUACAAACUGCCCUAGUCUUUUGAGAACCUUUAAUUCUCUCAGCACUUGGGAGGCAGACACAGGCGGAUCUUUGUGAGUUC